AUGUCGGUCCUCAUUGAGUUGACUCUGGUGAAAUCGGUAAAUCCAGAUGAAGUGAAAGAACUUUUAAUCGACUUUCUGAAGACAUCAUCACACCUCUUCAAAUCGUUCAAUAUACGCUUCUUAGAUGUCGGUGGAAGCGACAGCUUUGAGGACAAAUUGGUCAAUUUAACUGAUGCAUCAGAGGAUUUUGGUUGUACAACUUGUUGUCUGGAGGACAUGGAAGAGCCUAUAAUGAUGUACUUUGAUACAAGUUUGUCUUCACCUAAUCCGAAUGGCAUUCUCUUCCAAGAUAGUUCUUAUACUAAUCAAGAAUCAAACAGCACAUUUUAUAUGGAUUGCGAGAAUCAUUCAAACGCGAUUGUGAAAGAAGAAGCCUCGACUUUUGUGCUGAAAAGAGAGCCAUCGAUGGAUGUAUCUUCAUUGCAACAAUUUUACACAAAGACAACGUCAAAGCGAAAAUCGCUAUUAAAGGAGUUGCCAUUUUUCACCGAACGACCUGAAUUGAUUCAACAAAACGACGUGGGCACUAUUAAAGUGACAGAAAACUGUGCGAUGGCCAAUACGACAAACAGCGACAUUCGUUGUGACGUUUCUACCAAUUCAAAAGAUGAGUUCACUCAACCGGCUGAACUGCUUGAAGAAUCAUAUACAAAUAAUGAAAUUUCCAACAUUUCAAACGGAGGACGGGUCGAGUCCGAAAACGAUCCUGAUGAUAAAAUUUCAAACAUUGAUGAUUCGUCAUCCGGUCGAAGUGCUUUAAAUGAGUUCGAAAAGGUUUUGACGGCAAAAGUACAAGAGGAAGAAGGGACUGAGAAGGAUUUGGAGGAUAUCGAUAACAUUUCAAACGGAGCAGUUGAAGAUUCCUCAUUUGAUCGAAGUUCGCUAUAUGAGUCUCAAAAUGAACUCGAGGUGGUGGAAAAAGAAGAACAAAUGGCUGUGGGUGCAUCACAUCAUAUAGCGGAAGAUUGCCACAUAAGAGCUGUACACCCAGGGAACCUUGUUGAUAUACUAGAAGCCGCGAAACGUGGAGAUCUAACUAUUGAGCGCAAUGCUGAUGAAACUUAUAUGAAUCUUGAUGGUUUUAUUGUGGAAGAUUGCUCUGGAAACUAUGAUGAGAAUUUGUUCCGCGUUUAUGAUCAACUAAAUAUGAAUAAUGUUAGCAAAGGAAAAAGAGAACGCGUCUUUUGGAAACAAGUAAAAUGUCAGUCUUGUUCAUCGAAAAGGUUUGCGAGCUUUGAAGACGCGAUUGUUCAUGUACUUGCAAUGCAUUGUGACAAGACUUUGCCCCGUAUUUACAGAUGUUCUCUUUGUUCAACAACUUCAUUUUAUAAGCGCAAUCUACGGAAAGUACACCUCAAAAGAAAACAUAACAUUCAGUAUUGGAGACAUCGUGCGAGGGCUGAAAUAGUGGAGAAAUGGCAUCCAUCUACUCUGUUAGAAGCUCUUGAAGCAUCGAAGCGUGAAUUUCCAAAAAUUUGGCCGAUAAUUGAAAGGUUUCUUGUAUGGGUGGUAAAAUCAGGGAAGCUUGAUACUGAAGUUUCUAAAACAUCC